AUGACAGUACACCUCCUCCAUUCCCAUCGUGGCAGUACGCCCCCUCCCUUCCCACCCAUCAUUGCAGUACACAUCCUCCCCUCCCAUCUUGGCAGUACACCCCCUCCCCCCAUCAUAGCAGUACACCCCCUCCCCUCCCAUCUUGGCAGUACACCCCCUCCCCUCCCAUCUUGGCAGUACACCCCCUCCCCUCCCAUCUUGGCAUACAACCCCUCCCCUCCCAUCUUGGCAGUACACCCCCUCCCGUCCCAUCUUGGCAGUACACCCCCUCCCCUCCCACCAUGGCAGUACACCCCCUCCCCCCAUCAUAGCAGUACACCCCCUCCCCUCCCAUCUUGGCAGUACACCCCCUCCCCUCCCAUCUUGGCAGUACACCCCCUCCCCUCCCAUCAUGGCAGUACACCCCAUCCCCCCAUCAUAGCAGUACACCCCCUCCCCAAACCAUCAUGGCAGUACACCCCAUCCCCCCAUCAUAGCAGUACACCCCCUCCCUUUCCCAUCAUGGCAGUACACCCCAUCCCCCCAUCAUAG